AUGCGGUCGACCUUGAAGCAAGCAGGGCUCGCCCUUCUAGCUCCCAGCCUCGUUGCUGCCAGCCCUGUCGCCAAGAUGGCAAAGCGCGAUGCUUCUGAUUACACGGACAAUGCCAUCUGUGCUGCUGAUGCCCUGAUGGCGUACUACCAAUCCGGAGACACCGGUCUCUGGGGGAAAGAUCUCUGGUGGCAAUCGGGCAAUUUCUUGAGCGCGCUGGCGACUCUGACUUCUCUCAACUCCGACUACUAUUCUGAGCAUAACGACGUCUUUAGCAACACCUUGAACACUGCUACCGGAUACGGAAACUAUGCCAACUUUUUAAACGACUACUAUGACGAUGAGGGUUGGUGGGGAAACGCCUGGCUGGACGUGUACGAUGUCACUCAGGACCAGACAUACCUGAACGCCGCCAUCACCAUUUACAAUGAUAUAGUUGGGGGACUCGGCACUCCUUGUGGAGGUAUCUGGUGGAGCAAGGAUCAGACCUACGUGGCCGCUAUCUCCAACGGGCUCUACAUCGAGUUGGCUGCUGGUAUCGCUGCCCGCGUGGGUUCGGACCAGGCCGGGGAUUAUCUCGCCCACGCACAGCAGGGUUGGGACUGGUUCUUCAGCGUCGGUCUUGUUGGCAGUGACAACAUGGUCUCUGACGGUGUCGACAAGGACAACAACUGUGCUCCAACUGGCGCCAAAUUCACCUACAACCAGGGUGUUAUCCUCGGCGCCGCCGCCGAGCUGUACAAGGCAACUGGCAACCAGACCAUCUUGGAACAAGCUGCUGCGCUUGCCAAUGCUUCGAGCACCGCCGGCUCGUCAGUCACCGACUCCAACGGAAUCCUGCACGAUGGAUGCGACACCAGCGACAGCUGUGAUGACACCGCUGCCAUGUUCAAGGGACCGUACGUUCGCGGACUCCGCAAGCUGCAGUUGGCCUACCCCCAGGACAACUGGAAGAACUUCCUCCUCACCAACGCCCAGAGCAUCUGGAACAAUGACCUUGACUUUACGCAGUCCGACUCUGGUUCAUCUUGCCUCCUUGGCGAGGACUGGGCUGGCCCCUACGACACUGCCGAUGCCGUCACGCAGGGCGCAGCUUUGGAUGCUCUGAACGCUGCCUUGGCUAUUUCUCAAUAG